GGCAGCGAGCAGUACCCAGUCGGCGACAUGAGCUUCGGGACCGCGGACGGCGACGAGGCCGGCUCGGCAGCUGCGGCCGCCCCCAGCAGGGAGCGGGAACUGCAGCUGCAGCUGCACCGCCAGCUGAGCCCGCAGCCGGCCGAGGCGGCAGAGCGCAGGCGCAGCGCCGGCGACGGCGAGCGCGCCGACGUGCACGUGUGCGUGGCGCCGGCCGGCGACUGCCCGGGAGCAGAGGCUUGCCGGCGCACGGCCGCGGGCCAGCUGGUGGCGGCCGUGCUGCCGCAGCGCGCACAGCGGCUCGGCCGCGUCGCCGUCGAGCGCUGCCGCGGCGUGCACCUGGGCCACGUCACCUACGUGCUGGGGCCCGUCAACUUCACCAGGGUCCUGCAGAAGAACACCAUCUCCCAGCAGAUCAUCGUCACGUCCGACGACGCUCCCGGUGGGCAGGAGGGCGAGCCGGAAGUGCAGGUGGUUCGCCGCCUGGAGUGGUUGGCGCAGCCGCCCCUCCACACGCUGACUCCACUGCAGAGGCCGGUCAGCACCGUAGUCAUCAGUCACACGGCGACGGACAGUUCAACGUCGAUGGGCAAGAACACGAUGAUCGUGCGGCGGCUUCAGACGUUCCACAUCGAGGGCCGCAUGUGGCCGGACAUCGGCUACAACUUCAUGGUGGGCAUGGACGGGCAGGUGUACGAGGGACGCGGCUGGGCGUCGGCGCCAGAGGCGGUGGGCAGCGGGAUGGCGCAGGGCUGCCUCAGCGUCGCCUUCGUGGGCUCCUUCUCGACGCGGCUGCCCAGCGCUGACGCUCUGGCGGCGCUCCACCGGCUGCUGCGUCUGGGCGAGCGCGAAGGCCACCUGGCCGCCGACUACCGCCUCAUCGCCGAGAACCAGCUGGACCCCGACACCGAGAGUCCGGGCCGCGCGCUCGCCGGCCUCAUGCAGGGUUGGCCGCGCUGGGCGCCGCAACUGUGACGUCGUCUGGAGAGGUCGCCUAGUGUCUGAUCGCCCGAGAACCAGCUGGACUUGGAACACUGAAAGUGGGAGUCAUGAGCUCGCCGGCCUCAUAUUGGGUUGACUGUGCUGGGUGCCACAGCUCUGACAUUGUAUCAGGUCAAACACUAUGUCACACGUGGGGGCUGCUUCUUGUGUGAUCGUGGUGAGCCAGCUGGACCUGGAGACUGGGCCGUGUGGCCUUUGGACUCAUGUCUGGAUGGACGCUCUGUGUGCUAUAGCUGUGGCGUCAUACGAUGUGGAACACCAUGUGACAUCCAGCUGUGGACUGCCAUGUGCUCACCGAGCUGGACCUGGGUACUAAACAGCCCUGGCAUGUACAUGAUAGCCUCAUUCACAGCUGGAAGUGCCUGGCUCCAAACGUGAGGUGGUGUCACACUCUGCAGGACACCCACUGGUGGGCAACCUUGUGAUUGAUGACAUUCUCGGACAGUGAGAGCCCUGCCAGUGCAUUCAUUGGCCUCAUAUACAGCUGGGUGUCACGGCUGGAGUGUCUCAUUAAGCCACAUGCUCAGAAACCUGAAGCUUUGAGUCGCUGUAAAUUGAUCUCUGACAGCUACAGCGGGCUGGACGUGGCCGCUUCGCAUGCCUCAACCAAUAGCGUAAUGCGAUUGUGUGAACGUCUCUGUUGCAUCAGCUCAGUGUCGUCAUAGCUCUGUAGACGGCCACUGUUUUCGCCUGCAACCAUUAGCACUUCACAACUGAAAGCUGGCAACAGUACUGAGAGCAGUCAGGGAUCUUCUUUCGCUGUCUCGACUGUAGCUAUGUGUGAAAUUAGAAUUAUAUUAAUAACGUCAGCUGCUCACGGUCGUUGAUAUAUAUCAAUGGGGACAGGUGAAAAUGUGUGCCCCGACCGGGACUCGAACGCGGGAUCUCGUGCUUACAUGGCAGACCCUGUAUCCAUCUGAGUCACCGAGGGCACAGAGGAUAGUGCGACUGCAAGAACUAUCUCGCGCACUCCUCCCUCUCACCUUGUACAUCCACACACUACGUUCGUAGUGUCGCACCCCAACACACUCAUUACUCGUGGAAGACGUUCUUUCCAAGUCCCUUAAAAGUUUGGGGAAUAUGAGUGCAUCCGCACAGAAGAGGAAGGUCAUAGCCGGUAUUGCCAGAACUAUAUAUUUAUAUGGAUAUGGUUUUUGUUCUUUCGGACAUGUCCGAAAGAACAGACGCCAUAUCCAUAUAAAUAUUUAUGUAGCUACGUGUGGUGCCACGUGUGCUAACAUGCCAGAACUAUAUAUUUAUAUGGAUAUGGUGUCUGUUCUUUCGGACAUGUCCGAAACAACAGACGCCAUAUCCAUAUAAAUAUUUAUGUAGCUACGUGUGGUGCCACGUGUGCUAACAUGUGACGUCACACACUGUAUGACACCUUACAGCCUGCUAACAGUCUGCUUGUUGAUGACAUAGAAAACAAGAGCAACAGGUUCAUGUUGGAGUAGCUGUCUGGGUUCGCAGUCAUGAUAUAACGCACCAUAUUGUGUGUCGUGGCUGUGAACUGCUUUUAAAUGCUUUCGAAUAGGCUCCCUGAGCCAAGAUGAUCAACAACUGACUGAAGACAAUCGGUUAAUGUGCACAUCCUGGUAACUGAUUCUUAAUGCAUGACGUGAACUGUAGAAGGUCAAAAACGUGAGAUACUGUAUUCACAGAUGCUCUGAUUGCAUUUCGUGAAGUUCGUUUCCCACAGCUCGUAGGUAACAAAAAGUUUCGAUCAUCUGAUAGUCAUCAGAUCAAAUAAAGUGAAAAUCAUCCUGCGAAACUGCCACAUUAGCAAUAUGCAGUAUAUAAUCAACAGUAAAAUGCAUUGCUGUAGUUAAUUAAUCUUUGAACGCUGUCAUACCUAGAUUCCCUCCCUUUGUAUGGAGUGCAGUCUGCGGGGUUGAGAAUGAACAUGUUACGUGAGUUGUACACUGGGCACAAUUUCCGUGUGAGCUUUGAAGGUGUUCCAAAGGGCUGCAAGACAAAGAAUGAAAGAAAGUUCUGAGUUUAUUGAUUUAUCGAGAUUAGUGCCACUAAACAAUUUAACUGAAUAAAAGUAGGGAAGGAAAUUGGAGACGACUUAACUGAAGGGAUAAUCUCAGAAUCUACUUGGAAGAAUUUAGGGAAACCCAGAAAACCUAAGUGUAGUAGGACGGGGAUUUGAAACUCUCUGCUCCAUGGAAGUCAGUCCGCUCUGUUAACGGCUGUGUCGCCACGCCUGGUACUGACAGGUGAGUUCCGUCCCACAAACCACCUCAGGCAACUUUUCUGAGAGACACGAAAUCUCAUCUGGAGUACGAAAAAUGUACUUUCGGGUGUAGCACUAACCUAACACAGUUCAAAGUAAGUUUCAUUUUUUGUUUUGGUUUUAUCGUGUCUACAAAGACGUAAUUAUAAAUAGAACACUGCUUUAGGAGGAUAGUGAAAGCCAUCAGCGAGCAUUGUUGGAGAGGCACAAAGAAGGGGGCUCGACUAUAGUCUUGCUCAUCUAUGCGUUUCUUCAAAGAAUAAGCAGAAUCGUGAAAAUCUUCGUGUUGUGGAAUAAGAGCAGUAUAUCAGCCAAAUCUCUCACGAAAGGUAGUGUGGUUUCUUACUCUGAGUUUACCAUUGUCGUAAGAGAGAUUGUAUCGAGGAAGUACAUAGUACUUUGGGACGGGAAAUGACAGCAAAUUUCGAAAUUACAUAAUUUUUAAAAUAAAGCCAUAUGAUGUUGUCAAAGCCAUAGGGUUUUGUUAUACAAACAUUUUGUUUAGAGGUAGGUCUCUCACCAGCUAUGCAGAGGGAUAUUCAAUUUAAUGUGGACAGUGAACCAUGGCACAAUUAUCUUUUUUCACACUAAAAAAAAAAAAAAAAAAAAGGAAUUGGACUACCUACAAAUGGAAUAU